ACUCAAGUUUCAUUUUCACACGGAUUUUCCUGAAUGUCAACAAACUAACUUGGGAGUCAUGUCAUGUUCAAAACUUUUGAAACACUGGAAAGCAUUAUCCCACAUUUUAAAUUCAAACAAACUAGACAAUAGAGCAAUCCUUGCAUUAUCGUGUGUUCGCCGUUUGCAUUUAUCAAAUUAUGUGAACCACAGAAUUGAUCAAUUUGAAGACACUGAUAAAAGGACACAUUUUAAUGAAAAGCUUGAGAAAGGACCAAGUUUACAACACUUUAUUGCAAAUUCUGGAGAAACCGUUGAUAAUUAUGAACAAGUUAAUGUUGUAGAGAGAGUUCCUUAUUUAGAAGAAGAACUCUACUGUGGCCAUGGCAGAAAAGUAUACUUUGAUACAUAUGGAUGUCAAAUGAAUUUCAAUGAUACAGAAAUUGCCUGGAGUAUACUAAAAGACAAAGGAUUUGCAAAAGCAGAGUCCAUAAAUGAGGCUGAUGUAAUAUUGCUAAUGACAUGCUCAAUCAGAGACAAUGCAGAACAAAAGAUAUGGAACAUGGUGAAUAUUUACAAGGGGCUGAAAAGAAGAGGCGGAAAAAAGAAACCACUGAAAAUCGGAAUUCUAGGCUGCAUGGCUGAGAGAUUAAAGCACAAAAUCUUGGAUAAGGAGAAAAUGGUGGACUUAGUUUGUGGCCCUGAUGCCUACAGAGACCUACCCCGACUACUGUCCGUGACCUCAGGGUCAGGACAGUCCGCUGUCAAUGUUUUGCUGUCAUUGGAGGAGACCUAUGCUGAUGUGAUGCCUGUCAGAGUUAACAGCAAUGCUAAGACAGCCUUUGUAUCCAUCACGCGCGGCUGUAACAACAUGUGUUCCUACUGUAUCGUCCCCUACACCCGGGGCCGGGAGAGGAGUCGACCUGUGUCCUCCAUUGUAGAGGAGGUCAGAAAACUCUCCGAUCAGGGCAUCAAAGAAGUCACACUGCUAGGACAGAACGUCAACAGUUAUUGCGACAAGUCUGAGGAGGAUCACUAUGGGGGUCUACCAAACAGUGAGGCCCAAGGAGGGGGCAGUGCGGGGGAGAACACGGUGCUCAGUAGAGGAUUUAAAACGAUCUACAAGCUACAGAGUGGGGGCCGCAGGUUCAGCCAUCUACUGGAUCAAGUGUCUCGAAUCGACCCAGACAUGAGAAUCCGCUUCACUUCUCCACAUCCGAAAGAUUUUCCAGAUGAGGUGCUGUACUUAAUCAAAGAUCGGCCAAAUAUAUGUAACAAGAUUCACCUCCCGGCUCAAAGUGGCAGCACAGCCAUGCUUCAGGCCAUGAGGAGAGGACAUACAAGGGAAGCUUAUCUAGAUUUAGUUCAUCACAUCAGAGAAAUCAUACCAGAUGUGGCAUUAACGAGUGACUUUAUUGUGGGUUUCUGUGGAGAAACUGAAGAAGAUCAUAGAGAUACUGUGUCCCUCAUAGAACAAGUUAAAUUCCAUUAUGUCUACCAGUUUCCAUACAGCAUGAGACAGAAAACUCAUGCCUAUCACCACUUAAAAGACACAGUGCCAGAAUCAGUCAAAAAAAGGCGGACGCAGGAAGUGAUAGACUGUGCUAGACAGGGAAUGCUGGGAUUGAAUCAAAGUCAGAUCGGCCAGGAGCAGCUAAUACUUAUAGAGGGGCACAGUAAACGAUCUACUAGUGAUAUGUGGGGAAGGAAUGACGGUGGGACUAAGGUGAUAAUACCCGGUGACCCUAUUCCUUGCUCUGGGCUAGACCCCAAUCUACAAGAAUUAACAAUAGGAGACUAUGUUGCUGUAAAGAUUUUAUCUGCCAAUUCUCAGACGUUGUUUGGUCAGCCAUUGUACCUUAGCAAUCUUGUGGACUAUGCCUCAAAACCUGCCAACCUCAUCAUGUCAAGGACAGCCUUGGUUUCAUGAUUUCUCCAAUUAUGUAGCAAUAUUAAGAUUAAAAGGCAUUGAAAACCUC